GGGGAUUCAAGGGUGGCAAAAAUGUUAUGGUUGAACCCCAUCGUCAUGAAGGAGUAUUCAGCCGCGGAAAGGAGGAUGUACUCUGUACUAGAAAUCUUGUACCAGGAGAAAGUGUCUAUGGAGAGAAACGUAUCAGUGUUGAGCAAGGAACCGAGAAGAUUGAAUACCGUGUGUGGAAUCCAUUCCGUUCAAAGUUGGCUGCUGCCAUUGUAGGUGGAAUUGGGAAUAUCUAUAUGCCUCCAGGCUCCAGAGUACUCUACUUGGGUGCUGCUAAUGGCACAACAGUAUCACACGUUUCCGAUGUAGUUGGACCAGAAGGCGUAGUGUAUGCUGUAGAGUUCUCACACCGAUCAGGACGUGACUUGGUGAACAUGGCCAAGAAGCGCACUAACAUUGUACCCAUUGUGGAGGAUGCACGACACCCUCACAAAUACCGCAUGAUUGUCAGCAUGGUAGAUUGCAUCUUUGCUGAUGUUGCCCAGCCUGAUCAGGCACGUAUUGUGGCCAUCAAUGCUCAGCACUUCCUCAAAGUAAAUGGCCAUUAUGUCAUCUCUAUCAAGGCCAACUGUAUUGAUUCGACAGCCCCUGCAGAAGCUGUAUUUGCUGGAGAAAUUAAGAAACUUCAGGCUGAUUUGCUUAAGCCUCAAGAACAACUAACCUUGGAACCCUAUGAGAGAGACCAUGCAGUCGUAGUUGGUGUAUAUAGACCCCCAAAGAAGAAUAAAUAGUGUGUAAAUAGCUAGGUUA